AUGCUGUCUUGCGUCUCAUUAAAUUCUAAGGAUAGUUUAGAAGAGUUUCUAUAAUUGUAUCAGUGCAAAGAUUCCAAGAAAAAAACUGUCUUGAAAAAAGAGCGAGAAAUCGUUCAAUAUUUAAAAGGACUAGGACUUCAAAUGAAAACAGAUCCACUUCUUAAACUAUCACAUAUUGCUAAGUAAACAAUUUCAAUAAAAUUAGUUUUGCUAUUUAAAGUGAUAUAUCACCUGACUCAAACGAUGAAAUUGUCCUUGAAAGAAAAUUAAUCCAUAAUGAGGAUAGUGAAUUCAACAUCUCCAACAAUCCUUUAUUCAAAAGAGGUAGUCGUAAAAUUAUACGUACAUACUCUUUUGAAAAUAAAAAUCAAAUUGUAAAUGAUCAGGAUCCUUAAACAAAUCAUUUUGACUGA